CACAAGUGGAGUGAACACAAACAAGUGGAAGAUGAGUAUCUUCAUCUCCUCCACUUCACUCUCUCUAUCUCCGACGAAACCCCCACCCAUCUCCGCCGUCAAAGCCUCUUUUCCGAUCAUGGGUUUUCCGCCGACCACCCAUUUGCUCGCUGGAGCUCUCUCUUUGGGCCUUGUGUUAUCCCCACCUUGCAUAUCAUUAGAAUCAUCAGCUAUGUCAUCACCGGCAGCUCAGCUAGUUGAGAGCUCAGCUGAGGCUUGUGGGGAUAAAGAGAGUGUAAAGAGAGAUGUGGUGAAUGCGCCGGAGCUGGUAAGUAAUGAUGAUGUGGUGGAGCAAGCUUGGGAGAUUGUUAAUGAGAGUUUUCUUGAUCCUAGUGGGAAUCGUUGGUCUCCUCGAUCUUGGCUUCAAAAGAAAGAGGAUUUAGCUGGAACGUCUAUUAAGACUGGAACAAAAGCACAUGAUAUCAUUAGACGAAUGCUGGCCAGCUUGGGUGACCCUUACACACGUUUUCUUCCUCCCCCAGAUAUAUUUCAGUGUUCUUAUAUACCUUUUAUCAUUGCUUAAGUUCUCCAAGAUGGCGAGAUAUGAUAUGACUGGGAUUGGAAUUAACCUUAGGGAGGUUCCUGAUGAUAAUGGAGGUGUGAAGUUGAAGGUUUUAGGACUUAUUUUGGAUGGUCCAGCUCAUAAUGCAGGAGUACAACAGGGCGACGAGUUGUUGUCUGUUAACGGAGUUGAUGUGAGGGGAAAAUCUGCUUUUGAAGCGUCAUCUCUGAUACAAGGUCCGAGUGAAACGGUGGUGAACAUCAUGGUGAAGCAUGGUAACUGCGGGCCAGUAAAAUCCCUUGAAGUCGAGAGACAACUUGUGGCUAGAACCCCAGUUUUCUAUCGGUUAGAGCAGGUUGAAGGUGCUGCCACUUCCGUUGGUUAUGUGCGCUUGAAAGAGUUUAAUGCUUUGGCUAGAAAAGAUAUUGUUACUGCAAUCCAGCGACUUCAGGAUAUGGGGGCCUCGUAUCUUAUUCUUGAUCUCAGAGACAAUCGUGGUGGACUGGUACAGGCUGGGAUUGAAAUUGCCAAGCUUUUUAUGAAUCAGGGGGAGACUGUGAUUUAUACAGCUGGACGAGAAACCCAGUACCAGAACAAUAUCAUUGCAGACAGUGAACCUCUUUUUACUUCACCCGUUAUUGUUUUGGUGAACAAAAAUACAGCCAGUGCAAGUGAAAUUGUAGCUAGUGCUCUUCAUGAUAAUUGUAGAGCAGUUCUUGUCGGGGAAAAAACUUUUGGCAAGGGUUUGAUUCAAUCUGUAUUUGAACUUCAAGAUGGAUCUGGAGUGGUUGUCACCAUUGGGAAGUAUAUCACACCAAAUCACUUGGACAUAAAUGGCAAUGGAAUAGAACCCGAUUUCAAGAAGUUUCCGGGUUGGAAUGAAGUCGCACAACGGUUAACUCAAUGCCAAAAAUUGCAAGGAGGGUAGACUCAUCCUUUGGUUGAUCAUAAGCCGAUGAUCUACUAGUUGCGAAUAUACCUGGCAUGUGCCAUUUCAGAGACUCCGUCACAGUAAAAGCUUCUGAUGCAACACUGAUAUUCUAGUUCCACUCUUUACUAAGCUUCAGCUCCAAAAACCACAAAGAUCUCUGAACUUGAAGGUUAGAUCAAUAAGCAUUGACCACCAGAAGAAUUUCGUAUUGGCCAGAGUAACAAGUGUGAAUAUUACAUAUACAGAAAGACUCUUUGAACAGUUUUGACUCUUUUAGAUAUGAUAAAUAUUGUUGUAUAAUUCAAUGCGUUUUAUUUUCGGCAAAUCAUAACUUUGGCCCAGAAAUUGUGAAUUAAGCACUAAUCUCCCAAUAACUACAUGUACAGCUCCCGUUAAUCUUUAUUAUCAAUAUCUUGCAGAA